UCAUUUUCAGCACUUGGACAAAAUACUGAAAAUCUGAAAUAGAGUUUUUAGCUCUUGUCUUCGAGCCAUCUCAUCAAAGGCUCAGACCCAUCUCCUCAAACAGCCUUUCCCCAAUUGUAUCAAUUUGAAAUCUUCCUUCGAUUACCAAAAAUCCAGACGUCUUCGUCUUCCCUUUUUGCUCAGUUUCCUUUUUGUUUCAAUUCACAUAAAUCCAAUCAAAGAUUACCUCCAUUCCCAUCUCCAAACCCUAAUUUCUCUGAAUCCCAGUUUCCUUCAGUUUCGAAACAAAACACCCAGCGUGACGAAACUGCUCUCCCUCAAAUUCACAUAUUCCCCACACCACUACGUUCAAAAACGUAAAGUCAACUACACCCCCUGAAGAACCUUCCUGUCAUUUCCCACCGUUCCUUUCUUUAUUGGCGCACAUUCUCUCUUACACACUGUACCUUGCUUCCUCAGAAACCACUUCCCCAAAUCCUUCUUUCUCCGAUUCUUCACAGCCCUGAUUCAAUUUUACUCUGUUUAAAUUACAGCAAGGAUUUCAAUUUCAGAUCUCAAUUCGUUAGGGUUUGAUUUUUGUGAAGUGUAUGUUGUGUUUUUCUGAGCUCUGAAUCUCGAAGCUUCGAUCUGAUGGCGGCGGCGGCCUGUGAUUCUGUACUAUAUGUUUGGCCGGAGAGCGUCGUCGAAGCGGAGAUUUCUCCAAGUCAAGAUCGGCGAGGAGGAGGCUUUCUCGGCGACCGGCUCAGGCGCCGGCCACGUGGAUCGAGUCAAUGUCCACCUUGUCUGAUACGCUGUGUUUCACUUACUCUGAGACUCUAGGGAAAUGGCCGAUCGGUGACUUGGCCUUUGGCAUUAACUACCUCAUGCAUAGGCAGGGGAAUUUACAAGUGGCGAGUGUGUAUGCUGGUAGUGAUAGUGUGUAGCUCAAAGGCGCUAAGAUUGUUGAGGAACUAAACUAUUACUUGAAGCUGUUGACGCUUUGUUAUCUGUUUUCCAAGAAACCGUUUUCGGUGUUUUUAGAGUCCGGCGGUUUCUCUAUGGAAGAUGUCCUUUUUCAGAAGCCCAAGGCUGCGCUUCUGAAGCCUGCGUUCACCAUUCUAUGUGAUAAAGAUUCAAAAUGCUUUCUUAUGUUGAUACGUGGUACACAUAGUAUCAAAGAUACACUAACUGCCACAACUGGUGCAGUGGCCCCUUUCCACCAUUCGGUUUUGGAUGAUGGUGGAAUAAGCAACUUAGUCCUAGGAUAUGCUCACUGUGGGAUGGUUGCUGCAGCCCGUUGGAUUGCUCAGCUCAGUACUCCUUGCUUGCUUAAGGCUCUUGGUGAAUAUCCUGAGUAUACAGUAAAGGGAGUGUUCGUCCUGAUACAAGUCAGAGAUGGGCUAGAGAAGUGGAAGAGCAAAAGCUUAUUGGCAGUGGAGCACUGGAUUUGCAGGGACAUGCCUCCAAUAUAUGGAGCAACCAGCUGAACACACACUGGCUGACAGAUUUGGGAAUGCAUGUGCUGAUAUAUAGACCAUUUAUCAGGUUCCUCGAUCUAAUUCAAUCCCUACUUCUUAGGUCUCAAUUUGCUGUUAUGACUUAUGGUUUUGACUGAGUGAACUUGCAAGAACUAAGUCAUUAUUAAAAUGAUACAUUGAGUUUAGGAUGCCUGAUGUUGUCGUUAUUGCUUGUUGUAUUGUGCUAUACUUCUAUUGUUUCUUUUUCCAUUGUUACAACCUCAAGUUUUGUUGCUACACAUGAGUUUAGGAUGUCUGAUGCUGCAAAAAUGAUAUUGUUGUAAUAGUUUUUUUGUAUGAGAUUGGAAGGUUUCUAUUAUUCAAUAGACUAGAUUAUAUUCCAAGCCAAAUCUAAAUAGCAAUGCCUAAGUACUUGCAAUGUAACAAACUACUAACUGCAUUUUCAAAAACUUUCAUAAGAGCAACAUUUUUCUAGUAUAUAUUUGUGUAUAAAAGGAAAGCAGAAUCCUGUUUCACAUCUCCUAGGAUACUUUGACUUAUUAAUUAAGGUAUGCUGUGAAGGCGUGACUAUAUUAUUAUGUUUUGAAAGAUCACCUGUCUUCCAAACUUGGGUUUGCAUUACCAGAUGUAAAUGUAAGCUUCUUGCUUGUGUCAUUUUGUCAUGUUGCUCAUGGAUAGUGUGGCUUUUGAUGUGGGAGUAUUGCAUGCAUCUUCUUGAAACAAGUUGAUGUGGUGGUAGAAGCAGAAGAAAAAAAGAGGAGCAGCAGGAGCAAGCAUUAGUCAUGGCCGAAGUGGGCAAGCAAUCAUAAAUAGUCCAAUAAACACUGAUCCAUUUCUAGCAACUAAUGUAUUUGCCCUUGAUGCAAUGUUAAACAAUAAAUUGUCACAUAUUCAUGAUUUUGUGGAACAAUGACAAAUACGAAUUGUAUCUUGGUGGAUCCAAUGUAUUUUGAAGUUUAAAAUAUGGGUUGGAGUACUAUUAGUUCA